AUGGCGAUUAUGGAUCGCUUUCGGGGUUCUACCCCCACGCCAGUGUCUUCUACAGCAGACCCGGAGAAGAAGCCGCAGUACCUGCAUAUCAGCGUAAAAGAUCACUUUCGACCACGAAUCAUCUUGAUGGCAGUGCUCGUGUCAAUGGGUGGCUUCAUCUUUGGUUACGAUACGGGACAGAUCAGUGGAUUCUUGGAGAUGCCCGACUUCCUGGAUAGAUUCUCCGACACGACCGACCCCCAAACUGGGGAUCCUGCCUUCACACAUGGAAGAAGUGGAACCAUCGUUGGGUUGCUAUCCAUUGGAACCUUGAUCGGUGCACUCAUCGCCGCGCCCGUCGCAGACAAGUUCGGCCGCAAAUACUCGAUCUGCUUCUGGAACAUCAUUUUUUGUGUUGGCGUCAUUGUCCAGGUCGCUACUACGACUACGUGGUACCAAAUUGCCAUCGGCCGAUGGGUCGCUGGACUCGGAGUGGGAGGCCUCUCAGUGUUGACACCUAUGUACCAGUCAGAGACUGCCCCUCGCUACGUGCGCGGUGCUCUCGUAUCUUGCUACCAACUCUUCAUCACACUCGGAAUCUUCACCGCGUAUUGCAUCAACUUCGGAACGAACCAAGAGCGAAGUGCUCGCGCUUGGAGACUGCCCAUGGCCAUCGGCUUCAUCUGGCCCGUCAUCAUGGGUUUUGGAAUGCUCACUCUGCGCGAGUCACCUCGCUGGGCCUACCGCAAGGGCAGAAUUGAUGAAGCCCGCAAGACGAUCGCUCUCAGCUACAGUGUAGCCGAAGAGCACCCCGAAGUCGAACGCGAACUACACGAAAUCAAGAUGAAACUUAAUGCUGAGCGUGCAGGCGGCGGCAAGCACCCCUGGUACGAGAUCUUUACUGGACCGCGCAUGGCGUACCGCACCAUCCUCGGCAUCACUCUCCAGGCCCUGCAACAGCUUACAGGCGCAAACUUCUUCUUCUACUAUGGUACUACCAUCUUCGGCUCCGUGGGUCUGCCCAACCCGUAUGUCACGUCCAUCAUCCUUGGCGCCGUGAACUUCGGCACCACUUUCCCCGGUCUUUACAUCGUCGAGAAGUUUGGCCGCCGCCCCGCGCUCAUCACCGGAGGUCUGUGGAUGUUCAUGUGCUUCAUAGUUUUUGCAUCCCUCGGCUCCUUCGCUCUUGACCAGGACAACCCGCAAAGCACUCCUGGAGUUGGCUACGCCAUGAUCAUCUUCGCAUGUUUCUUUAUCGCCGGCUUCGCCAUGACAUGGGGUCCCAUCAUCUGGGCCGUGGUCGGCGAGAUCUACCCCUCGCGCUAUCGAGCAAAGUGCAUGGCCCUCGCUACCGCAUCGAACUGGACGUGGAACUUCCUCAUCUCUUUCUUCACGCCUUACAUCACUGGUGCUAUUGAUUACAAGUACGGCUACGUCUUCGCAGCGUGCUGUUUCAUGGGUGCGGUGGUGGUGUACUUUUUUGUCUGCGAAACGCACGGAAGGACGCUUGAGGAGAUCGACACAAUGUACAUUCUUCAUGUGAGCCCCAGGAAGAGCAAGAACUGGCAGCCGCCGGAGGGCGAGGAGCUGCCCAACUUGGACAAUACAUACUUGACGCCGGGAGCAAGGGGCAUCAAUAAGAGGCAGGAGGCUAGGGCGCCGGAGCAGAUGAUGCAGGAGAAUACGCCUGAGCCGGGAUAUUUUCCUGAGUCAUCCGGUGCCAGACGUUGA